GAGAAAUUGUUUUUACAUGGGGUCAGCUUCAAACGCAAACGGCAAACCAUUUAAAAACAAAUAAUGAAGACCAAUGGAAAACUUAAGAAAUGUCCGUUCUAUAACAUACUAAACUGAGAGGAGAAGCAGCAGACAGGGGGUGUCGCAUGUAGGGAAAUGGAAUGUCUAAAAACAUAUAUUCUCCCUUUAAGCCUGUAUCAUAAACUUUUUUUUCCUAUUACUUGUCCAAAAUGGCCGCAACACCGUUUGAGUUUGGGGCAGGUUUUGAGCAUCUCUGAAAGUCACUUCCCUCACCUGUGCGCCAAUACGGAACCAGCCCGUGAGUCGGCUGCACAGGCGCGGCGGGGCGAAUAAGUUGUGACAAGCUGAAGUCGGACGCCUAUUACUCGCAAACAGCAGAACGCCCAAAAUCCCGCCUGUCUGUCUCGCUAACCUAAACUGCCAGGCGGAGCCUACACCCUUCUGUCUGACAAUGUCAGUUCCCUGGGUGUGAGCUGCCCCACCCGGCCUCCCUGCUUACUUGUGAUUGGACAAUGUGCACGGAGUGGGCGGGCUCAGUUUCCUGGGUGUAGGAGGCACACAUGUUGCCGGUGGUGCCCGAUCCCUAUGUUGGCAGCCCGUCUGUCACUCGGCAAGAUGCAGGAUGGUGGCAGCCUCUGGUAACGUAGUAUCGCAGCCCACGGGUUCUGCUCUGCUCCAGCCCAUCAGCCAGCGUCUCCAUACUCCUCUGGAACAGGUCAACUUUGUAGCUUGCCAACUGGUUGCCCUUUUGAUUGCAUUUUGGUUUCGCAUUUAUCUGAAUCCUAGUACUGCACAUCCUGCUGUCCGUCAUGCAUUUGCCACCUUCGUUGGAGUCUACUUUGCAGUGUUUUGCUUUGGAUGGUACUCUUUGCACAUAUUCACAUUGGUACUCCUGUGCUACUGCAUCAUGGUUACAGCAAGUGUUACAAAUGUACACAGGUACUCAUUCAUAAUGGCUAUGGGCUACCUCACACUGUGCCAGAUUAACAGAGUGUACAUAUUUAACUAUGGCAUUUUAGCCACUGAUUUUUCUGGACCUCUAAUGAUUAUUACUCAGAAGAUCACUACCUUGGCUUUCCAGUUGCAUGAUGGGUUGGGAAGGAGUUUUAAAGCACUCACCAAAGAUCAACAACAGUAUUCUAUAAAAAAGAAACCCUCAUUCUUGGAAUACUUGAGCUAUCACCUCAAUUUUAUGAGUGUUCUUGCUGGACCAUGCAGCAAUUUUCAGGAUUAUAUUGCAUUCAUCGAAGGGCGACAUAUCCAAUUAAAGCUUCUCAACUCAAAAGGGAAUGGAUACACUAAACUUUCAAAUCCAUCUCCAAAUGAAGCAGUUUUAUACAAGCUGUUUGUUACUGCAGCAUCUCUUGUUGUUUUUGUGACAUUUACCAAGGCCUUUCCAAUUUUGUAUGUAGUUGAUGAAACAUUUAUGAGAAAAGCCUCAUUCUUGAAAAGGUUGGGUUAUCUGUACAUUGCAACCCAGGCCUGCAAGCCAAAGUAUUACUUUGCAUGGACGUUAGCUGAUGCAGUUAACAAUGCUGCUGGUUAUGGUUUUAAUGGAGUGGAUGAUAAGGGCAAGUUUCGCUGGGAUCUGAUUUCCAAUUUGAAUAUCUGGAACAUUGAGACUGCUACCAGUUUUAAAAUGUACAUAGACAACUGGAAUAUUCAGACUGCAGCUUGGUUAAAGAGGGUUUGUUAUGACAGGGCUCCCAAGUACCGGACAGCCCUAACAUUUAUUUUGUCUGGGGUGUGGCACGGUGUUUAUCCAGGAUAUUAUUUCACUUUUGUUACAGCAAUUCCUGUUAUGCUUUCUGCAAGAGCGAUGAGAAAUAAUUUUCGGCAUUUCUUCACAACCUCAACAUCAUGGAAAUUUCUGUACGACAUAGUAACCUGGAUUGCAACACAGCUGGCAAUCUGCUACACCGUUGCCCCAUUUGUUUUGCUGUCAGUAGGACCAUCCAUUCAACUGUACAGGUCAUUGUAUUUCUACCUGCAUAUUGUAUGCUUGCUUGCACUCAUUAUUUUGCCAACAAAGCUCAAUGGAAGAGUAUUCUUCAAAGGCCAUGAACCCAAUGAAAUAAAGCAUUCAGAGGAGAAGCAACAUUCAGCAGAUCAUGUAAAGAAUCACAUGAGCUGAAUCAGGCCAAAGCUGGGAAAAAGAUGGCCAAAUAUAUAUCGCUAACUGCUUGAAAUGGCGUUACAUUAUUUUAAGUGGUUUCUCUUAUUUUUACAAAUAUUUUAUACUAAUGAACUUGCUUCCAAUCCUGUAGGACAGAUGUAGUGAAGGAUUCUCAGGAAAUACAUUCCAAGGUCGUGUAAAAGCACUGAUUGACACUAGCAGUUUAUCCAUACAUGGACCUACGGUAUAAGUAGUAAAAGCACAAGAAUUCCAAUAGCCUCUCACUAUGUUACAGGAUAUGUAAAGUGGUGGAAAAACACACCAGAACUCUUGCUCCUAUUUAUCUAAUUAUUUGCAAUAUUUUUAUUAAAAGGCUUCUUCACGAUUUCACCACUCUAAGAUAUUAGUGUGGUGUUGCUAAAAUUCUUCAUUGAAAUUAAAGGAAAGUCUUACAUUAACAACAGGCAGGCCAAUGGAGGCAAAUAGGCAUCCCCCGUCCCACCCCUAACCUACCUUGUAAGUACAAGGCUGCAUUGUGCCUGCCAGAGCUGUGCUCUUCACGUUGUGCAGGGUUUUUUAACCAAAACAGGAUUCUGAAUAAAGCGCUACAUGCAACAGAAGUGCUUGGUGAAUGAGCAGUAAGGGACGCUCUUGCACUUUUGUUCUGUGCUUUUGUACCCCUAUUAGACCCCUAGAAAAUUUUCAUUUACUUAACUGAGGCUUGCAUUGUCACAGCUCAUAUUUAUAUAGAAAUGCAAAUUUGCAAGAAGGAAUGUUUAGUAUACAUAAUGAUAUACAGUAUGUCUGACAUUUACACUAUUUAAAAACACACACUUACACACUGUUGACACAUGAAGGAACAUGUACAUGUUUGUGACUUUUAUGUAUGUUUUAGGAAUUAAACAACAGUAAAUUAUAUAUAAAUGACAAAUUUUAAAAAUAAAUACCUUUUUCUAUUUUAUUGUUCAUGAUGUCCAGCACACAUAUCUAAUAAUUUGGUAACAUGACAUUAUUAAACCAGUUGCUAUUUGCUAAUAACAGUGGCCAGUAAGAACUGAUUUGUGCCAAAGAUACAAUGCCGGUACUUGUCUUGGUCCGUUUUAGCAUGCAGUUUGUUAGGUUCAGUUGCAUGAGUAGGUGCAAUCUGCAGAGGGACCCCAAUCUUUGUAAUAGGAACUGAAGGAAGAAUUGGAAUCCAGGGCUCCCUUGUUCUUUGGAUAUGAUUUAGCAAAUUACAAUUAAACAACAUUUUGAUGCAAAUGGCAAAAGUAAUUUUUAGUGGUAUUUUAAGGGUAACUAAACCCAGCUAUAAAGCUGUCCCAGAGUGCCCCAUAGUUCUCUGUAGAUGAUGAGAAAAAAAUUAUUUACACAGGAAACCAAUUCAACAAUGAGAUCCAACUGACCAAACACUUAAUUACAGAUGCAAGAGAAUCAACCAAUAAGAAUGCUGAUACCCAGCACUAUUUCAUCCAUCAUGCUCUUUUCUUACAUAUAGAGAUUAUUAUGCCACUUUGGGGGCAUUAUAUUUCACUGGAAUCAAACAUAGGAAGGAAGGACAGACUUCAGUGUAGGCACAGAGACCAUGGAGUCAGUUUUGCAGAGGUCAGUUGGGAAUCUCAUUGGAGGAUUUCUUUGAUGUUAAUGCUGCCGCAAUACCUGGAGGGCUGGGGAUAAGAUGUAUUGAGCAAUAUUGCUUUAAGAAUACAACCCCGAUGUUGCUGGACUACAGCUCCCAGCAUGCCUUAACCUUUAUAAUUUGUUGAAGUAUGCUAGGAUUUAUAGUCCAGCAUAAUUUAACAGUGCAUCCACACGUAGUCCAGUAAAGUGUGGUAGAUCAGUGCCGUGCAGCAGGGUUUAGUGUCCCUUUUACAGCAAAGUAGCAGCUUUUGCUCUUCACGCUUGCGUUCUAAACAAACCUUGCCAACAGUAUGGUGGCUAAAGAGCAGCAUGAUUGCCAGGCCAAGGAUUAAAAAUGGUAUUUAGUGUUAGCAGGGUUGGACUGGGGGGCGCCUUUGCGAAUGCACGCACAUGUACUGUGAGAGCUGGUUACAGAAGGAAGACCUUUAGAUGCGCACUGUGAGACCCGGUCUCAGCAGGAAGAACUUAAGGUGUGCACACGCAACUACAAAGUGAAGUUAUGAGCUCAUAAAAAAUUAUAUUUUAUUGAUUCAUCUCACUUACUGAGUUUCCUUGUGUCCAUGAACUUAAGGUCUACAUUUUAGAAAACCCAUAGCUAACAAUCCCAAAAAAAAAAUCACAAAACCAUUCAGUAAACUAUUGCUUAACUAACCGUUAUGAGAGCUGACAAUCCCAGAGGAAUUGCUUGGUAAGCAUGGCAUCCCAUGGCACCUUUUAGUGUUCUGCAUAACAACUGUUUAAUACAACUGGUUAUUUUGUCUCAUAUUAAUGAGUUGGUGAAAAUGCUUUGUGUUUGUUGCUGAAGCACAACAUUUACACACUCAGUUGCCAGUAACUGCGUUAUUGUACAUACAUGGAUACUGUGGGAUGUGGUAAAAAUAAUUUAUACAGAAAUAAAAUUGAAUAUUUGCAAAGAAAUAUUGCUUAUCUAUUUUAACAUUGUGCCUGUAAAUCUGCCGCCAUCUAAUUUCACACUAGAGCUUUAGUAUAGUGAAUGAGGCAUAGAGUACUUUAGCAAAGUAUUCAAACCCUUGAGCUAUUCUCUUGUUUUACCUAAUGAGAAAUACUCAGCCAAAUUGUUGUUCUCGGUCAUCGUUUUUAUUUCAAAGCACAGCAACUCAGUUUUUUAUGUGAGAUUGUUUUUCAUGUUAGAAAGAAUUAUACUUGAAGAUGCUGUUUGCAUAAGUAUUCAGUCCCAGUGCAUUUGCAGUGACAAUGCCUGCAGCCAGCGACACAUCACCUUAAGGGCAAUCCAGGCAGUCUCCCAGACAAUAUUCCCUCUAAACUGUGCUUUCAUGCGUGAUCACAGAAAUUUUAAGGCCAGUGCACACAACAAAUUGUGGUGUGCACAAAGAAUUUUGUGUGAAAACACAAAAUCUUGCAUUCUGAAUGCACACACAAUAAUUAUAAGGAAUUAGAGGGAACAAUGCUCCCAGGCCCCAUAGAUUGUAGGAGUCCCAGCAGCAGAGGCAGAACUGGGGGUGGAUAUGGGGUCCUUUGAGGUACUGUCCAAGGCCUUUGCAGAACUUAAUCCACGCCUGCAGCAUUCUGACCUGAGUGGCUUUCACAUUAGCUGGUGUGACUACAGGCAAGUGGGACCCAAUAUUUUAUUUCCAGCCCUUGGCACAGCCAUAACUGCCUGCUCCCCAAUUAUUAUUAAUAUUUCACUCAUAACCUCUUUUCAGUAAUACAUCAAAGCAUCCACAAAGCAAAAAAUAUGUUUUAAAUAUGUGUACUACAGUACUUUGUUCUUUGUAAACUACAUUUACUGUAUGUUAGACUCACAAAUAUUUGGUCAAAUAUUUUAUUGAACAUAAAAAUGGCUUAAGCUGUUUGUGGUUAUACUGUAUUCCCAAGGUUAGACAAUGAUGUAAUCUGCGCAUUGCAGGCCGUCAGCCUCUGGAUAUUAUUACUGUUGGGGAUAAUGUCCAUGUUUUGUAGGAAAAAGUGAGUAACGGAACUAUUAACUGGAGAAAGUAUUUUGUAACCGUGCUAAACAGUGACACCUAGUGCUCAACAGUCAGAUACUGUGUCGAUAAUAAAUGCAGUACUUUUAUCAGAGGUGUUUUAACAAAAAAAAAUGUUCAGCAUACUAUGGUCUGGUAAAUUACCACUCAUCUUUGCUGGCUAAGAUGGCAGACCCUUUUCCCCUGUGUUUCCCUUAAAUGUUUGGUGACUACAAUGUUUAGAAAUCUGAUUUUUCUUCCACCCCGUGCAGCUAUAUGACAACAGAAUAAAUACAGGAUAACUCAAGAAAUCUUAAGGGAGACUUGAUUCUACCUAAAGAUACAUUGGAAGAGUCACAUAGAGUUAUAGACUAAUGAUUCAUAAGCGUUGUUUAUAUGUUGU